GACCUAUAUAAAAGAAUGGGCAGUUGAGAGAGAAGCCAAGACUAUGAAUAGAGAAUAGCUAGAAUGGUGUUUACAACCUGCUACACAACAACAUUUUAAGGGACAGCAGAAAACAGUUGAUGGGCUUCUUCGGAAGCUUUUCCACAUUGUCCUUGCCUCAGUGAAGGAUAAGAAGAAGAGGAAAACACUUAUUUUUAGAAAAAUAUGAUUGAAUUUAGUCUGCCCAUCAGGCACUAUGAGAAGUGCAAUGGUGGGAGGUGUUCAGCCAUUAGCCCUGGCCACGGGAGUCAGGAGGUUGGGUUCUGAGCCUUGCUCUAGCAGGGACUCAUUGUGCAGGUCUUAGCCCAGUCUCUGCAGCGCUCUAGAGGAGGACGGUGACUGAUAUUACAUGUACAUGUAAUACUGAUGCAAAGUACAUGUCAGCAACAGCAGAGUCUUCAUGACAAUAAUGCAUUAUGUGUGUAGGGGUGGUGCGCAUGUCUCUCGCCCCCUGCAUUAAUAACAAAAUGGCACUCUGGGCCUGGCCCCUGAAUCCUGCACAGUGAGGGCAGCUGCAGGAUCAGAGCCGCCCCAACAUGUUGAUGAGAAUUACAUUUUGACAAAACCAGAAAUAAAUUUUGCCAAGAAUGUUCAUGACUUCUCUGUCCUCCUGCCCCUGAGGGACCCAAGGCAUACGGCAGGGCAAGGAAAUAGGCAGGGUCCCAUAGCAACACAUAGGGCGGCUCAAGCCCAGCAGCCUCCUGACUCCCAGCCCUUCCCUAGACAUUGGAGACGUCGCGUCUCUUCAGUAUCGCCUAUGGGGUGACCUAGCUUAAGAGUAUGCGCUGAUAUACCAGCCAAUACGGUAACUCCGCCGCUACUCCUUCCCACACGGUAACUCUGAGAUGUGGGUCUCCGGUCGCUCUUAGAACUUCCGGCAGGGGGCUGCUGCGCGCACUCGGAGGGUGACGCCAUCGCCGAGCGCCGGCCCCUCCUCCCGUCUCGGCCACUGCCGCCGCCAUGGAGUCCAACAGGGACGAGGCGGAGCGCUGUAUUGCCAUCGCCGUGGCCGCCAUCAAGGCCAGCCAGCCCGACAAGGCGCUCCGCUUCCUGGAGAAGGCCCAGCGCCUCUACCCCUCCCAGCGGGUCCGCGUGCUGAUCGAAUCCCUCACCAAGAAUGAACAAUCAGCCAAUGGCCAGUCCAAAUCCAGGGAGUCCACAAAUGCCCACUUUAGGAAAAUGAGUGGAGACUUCCCAUCAGCCAAUGGGGAGGCAGGUGGGGAGACUAGCAAAGGUUACACCCAAGAUCAGGUGGAUGCAGUUAAGAGGGUAAAGCAGUGUAAAGAUUACUAUGAAAUUCUAGGAGUGAACAGAGAGGCCUCUGACGAGGACCUGAAAAAGGCUUACCGAAAACUAGCACUGAAAUUUCACCCAGAUAAGAACCACGCGCCAGGUGCUACAGAAGCAUUCAAAGCCAUUGGUAAUGCAUAUGCAGUAUUGAGCAACCCAGAGAAGCGGAAGCAAUAUGACCAGUUUGGAGAUGAGAAAGUCAACCCUUCAAGACAUGGACACAGUCACACAGACUUCCACCGUGGAUUCGAAGCAGACAUCUCACCUGAGGAUCUCUUCAACAUGUUCUUUGGUGGUGGAUUUCCUUCUAGUAAUGUUCACGUAUACAGCAAUGGCAGGAUGCGAUAUACCUACCAUCAGAGGCAUGACAGACGAGAACAUCAGGGUGAUGGUGGCCUUGGGUUGUUUGUCCAGCUGAUGCCUAUUCUCAUCCUGAUAAUUGUUUCAGCUCUCAGCCAGAUGAUGGUCUCCAGCCCACCUUACAGUUUGAGCCACAGGCCGUCUGUGGGUCACAUACACAGGAGAGUGACGGAGCACUUGAAAGUAGCUUACUAUGUAGCUGAGAACUUUGCAGAAGAGUACACUGGUACAAAUCUGAAAAAUGUUGAGAGGAGCGUGGAAGAUGAUUACAUUGCAAACCUUAGAAAUAACUGCUGGAAGGAAAAGCAACAGAAGGAAGGCUUGCUUUAUCGAGCACGUUACUUUGGAGAUUCAGAUUUGUAUCAAAGAGCACAGAAGAUGGGCACCCCAAGCUGUAGCAGACUGUCGGAAGUUCAAGCCUCCAUGCAUGGAUAGUAACUACUAGACCACUCAGCGGAGGUCUAAGUACGAGCCGACUCUUGAAAUGCCUGAAGACUUUUGGCGAAGUGCACUGAGCCAAGGUGACAGACUUUAUAUUUAAAGAAUCAAACCUUAAAUUAAAAUGGAAUUGGAGAAUUAGCAACGCACAACUGCCCUCUCUCUUCUCUCUCUCUCUCUGUCUCCAACGCUAGAUGCAGCAGGCAGCAGUUAGGAAAUAAAGCUGCCUGUCUUCUCCCCUUCUUUCCAACACCACUAGAGUGCGACAGUCUAGUCUCUCCUAGGAUACAGCAACCACGAGAACAAGUGUAGAGUAUAAAAACAAACUGCAGCAAGCCAUGAAGCAGAAGGAGACCCUUCCAUGAUUGCACUGGGCACUUCGAACGGAGAGAGAAAUUGGAAGAUUUUUUUUUUUUUUUUUUUUUUAGGACUAAAAACCAAUUAAUAAGAAAAGAAUCUAUCUAUUUAGAAUUAAUUUAUAGCUAUAUGUAUGUUGUACUUUUAAACUAUGCAGGGAUUGGAUUAAAUUAUUUAGUUUUCUGCCCAAUUUAGUAAACUGUAAAGUGUGAACUCUAACCUGUUUUGGGGGGCUGUGCAGCCCUGCAGACCUAUCCAAUUUCAGGUCGUCAUUUGAUGAUACUUUGCAUUUAUUUUAUUUUUUUUAUUUUGUUGAGGAAAAUACAAUUUUGUGACUGAGUUUUUUUUAUAAAAGAAUCUCUAAAUCUGUAGAAAGAAGAUUUCUUAAAAUUGACCAGACCUCUGAUUUGUUUUUGCUGUAUUGAUUUAAUUGGUGGCAGUCAACAGUGUUGGAUUCUUGUACAGCAAGGAGAGGAUUGUCAUAAAUGGUCUUAGCUCAUCAGUGUUAAAUUGGUUUAUGUGUGUGUGUAACUUUUUUUUUUUUCCAGAGUCUGCUUUAUUUCUGCCUUGUAAUCAGUGUGCAGCAUUAGUUCUGUAAACAGGGCCUGCCACGAGCUAUGUCCUUUUGUUCUUAUCUUUCCUAAACUCAGAGUUCCUCAUCCAGCAGACUGCUAACUGUAAUAGGGCUGUUACCUUGCCAUAACACUUCUGAUGUUUCAACCUGUAUUGAAAUCCCCAAAAACAGAGUCUUUGAUUCUGGUGAAAAGUUUUGGUGGGGAGAUCAGAAAGAGGGGGAUGGUUAAUCUUCGGUUGCUUUACGUGCUAUACGUUUUACCCAUUUUUUAGCAAUGGUUUUGCCCAUCAUGCAUUUUAGAAGAAGAAAUGAUGCUGCUAAAAACCUUGGGGUACCUGCUUGAGUAAGCAGGACCUGGAUUAGAGCAACAGGAUAGCGCUCAAGGUUAUUCUAAACCCAGUGCAUCUCUUUGACAUAUGAAGUGAGAGAGGCAAAAGUUGAAUGAGCUAAGUUACCAUUAAUGGCAUAAACUGGAUUCUUCUCUACCCUGAUGUUAAUUUUUGCCUGAAGACGUUUCCUAUAAGAACAGUUUUCAGAGUUCCCUUAUGGUGGAAUUUAUCAAAAUAGCAAUGGCUGCCAAGUAAGGUGGUAAGGGGGUGGGAGAAAAGUGAAAGGCCAGAUGGUUUUAUUUCUGUUUGUUGUUUGAAAUUGACCAGCUCUAUUUUUUAACUGGAUAUUUAUGUAGCAAAAUGGUUCUGAGCCCUCCUGUUCAUUGCAAGCCUUACUAUCCACUACUGUGAUGUAUCUGAUCUGAUUUCAAGUUUUAAAAGAUAUCCCCCAGGUCUUUGGAGAGGGAUAUGGUGGAAAUAAAAUAUUUUGGAAUAAAUGCUGUUUACAGAGGCACACGAGCUACCCACAUUAGGAGAUGUUGGAGGGGAAAUGUGAGAGACAACUCAUGUUUGCAAAAGGUGCUGACAUCUUUCAAAAUGGCACUCCUGCUCCAGUGCCCAUCCAACCAAAUCUUUUGAUUUCUCAAGUAGAUAUCCAUGGAUGGUAAGCGCUAUGUGCAAUAAAGCAUAGAUCCUAAAGGAUACUCACAGAAUCUGUAUUUCUUGAUUUAGAAUUAAUUAUACAAUUGUACAUCUAUAAAUAAAUGUUUAUUAUGUGA